AUGAAAAUAUUAAAAUAUAAAGACAUUUUUAAAUUAAGCAUUUCCGUUCUUUCUGCAAUUUUUUGUGUUCUUAGUAUACCAUUCAUCUAUAAUUACCUACAACAUAUCCAAUCAGUAAUCGAAAGUGAAUCGGAUUAUUGCAAGUACCGGUCUAACAGUCUUUGGAAAGAAUUAAGCAGAACAUUGCAGCAAAAGCCCUUAAUUAAAGAUUCACAUCAAAGUAAAAGGAAAACACGGCAAGGGUAUUUUCCCGUCGAAGCAGCAACUUUUGGACCCUUGCCUCCAAAUUCUUCAGAGGCAUUAUAUGGGGCUCAAUUAAUUGGACAGAAAUGUGAACCUGGAGAUGCUGGACUGGACGGAAAGGAUGGCGCAGAUGGUCUCCCCGGAACAGAUGGGCAACCAGGUCAAGAAGCUGUUGGUGGUGCUAAACAUAGAGACUUCUGCAUGGAAUGCCCACCUGGUCAAAUUGGCCCUAGAGGUCAACCUGGUGAAAAGGGCGAACCUGGAGAACCUGGCCAGCCGGGAAUUGAUGCUGAUGGAGGAAUUCGAGGUCCAGCAGGCUUACCUGGUCCACCAGGGCCUCCGGGAGCUCCAGGCAUUCCAGGACGAAAAGGAGUGCCAGGAAAGCCAGGCUUACAGAUAGAGCAACAAGGAACUACUGGACCAGCAGGGCCAGUUGGAGCUAAGGGUCCAGCUGGAGAAAAGGGAGCACCUGGAGUGCCAGGACAUCCAGGGCAGCCUGGAUCUAAAAAGCUUCCAGGUACAUCAAAUAUUUUUAAAGAAUAUUUUAGAAAGAUUAGAAACAUUUUCUUUCUUUCCUUAGGUGAUAGAGGACCGGUAGGCCCUCCAGGAAAAGUUGGAGAACGUGAGUUUUAUUUAACUAUCUACAAUUUUUAAUAAUUAAUUUUAAUUUUUCUAUAAAUUUAAGCAGGCAAAAAAGGGCAACAGGGUGAACACGGAUUGCCGGGAGGUUGCACUCAUUGCCCUAUUCCAAGAACUGCGCCUGGAUAUUAAAUUUAAUGAAGGAAGUUUUGACAAGUUUUUAUCAACGAAAUACGAAUAUAUUUAUUUUUAUUAAGCUGUUUGAUGUUUUUGUAAUUUUUGUGGAUAUUUUUACAUUCCGA